UCUCCGCUUGAUUUCGGGGGUCCCAGUCCCCUUCCUCACUCUGGGGGGUACCGCCCCCCUUUCCCCCCUUUUGGGGCUAUGUCGCUGGGGGGCCUCUGUGGAAUGGUAGAGGGAAGGGAUUUGGGGGGCAUUUUUGUGGGUUUUUUAGGGUCCGCCCCAGGCCCCUCAAAUGACCCCAGGGACACCCACCCCCAGCCUCCCUAAAGCAGCAGCGCCUUCACCUCCCGCUGCCGCUCCAUGGCAGCGGGUUCGUGAUCCAGAGGGACCCGGGAGGAGUUUGGGAGGUCCUGGGGGUCUCGGGGGGCUCCGAGAGGACCCCGGUCCUGGCUCAGAGCGAACAUCGCGUCGCGCUGCAGCCAAUGGGAAGGGAGGGAUUGGUGAUGGACAGCGAAGUAAGCCAAUGGAAGGGCGUCUAUGGCAAAAGGGUCGCCCACACCGCUCUCCUACAGAUGGGAAGUGAGAAGAACGAUGACGGACAGCAAUAGGAGCCAGUUGAAAGGCGAAGACCCGCCCCCGGGGUGGGUCUCGCUCUCUGAGUGGUGGUGGCAGCGCGCAGACCCGGAAGUGGGGCCGCCGCACGGGCUGGAGCUGCCGGGGCCGCGGGCGUGCGGCCCCUUGGAUUCAUGGAUUCCCUGCUCUUCCUCUCCGCCCGCCGGCUCGUCGCCCACCGCCCCCUUCCUACUGUCCCCGCCCAGCUCUAUCCCGUCCUCUUCCAAGCUGCAUUCCUGGAUGGGAGACCCCUAGUCCUGCAGGAUUUGGUGGCCCAGUGGCCAUUCCCAGUCCUCAACUUCCAGGGGAUCGUGGGGCGCCGGGAGCUGCUCCGGGAUCAUCCCUCCAAGCUCUGCAUCCAGUCUGUCAUCCUGGCCGUGGUGGACCAGCUCCGGCAGGAUCUGGAGGAAGCAGGCCAUGAUUCCAGCCGGUGCCGUCUCCGUGUGCUGGAUGUGACGGGACUCCGGGAUGAUGCUGCUGGCCGUGCUCCGGAAGGGAUGAGUGUCUGGUCUGGCACCGUGGCCCUGGCCAAGGCUUGUGUGGAGGUCUCCAAACACCAGCGGGAACUCCAGAAAUGCAGAUCCAGGAGCCACAAGGGCCGUUCCGGCACCACGGCAGCUCCACGAUUCAUUGACAUCCACGCUGAUCUCUUUGUCAAUGGAACAUCCUAUGGGAUCCUGUGGGAUGCACUCCAGGCCGGGAACAGCAGCCCACUGCGCCUCAAGUGCCGGGAGUUCCAAGCCGAGGAGCUCUGCCUGGCUGGAAUUGUGAGUUUGCUGAAAUCCUUGGAUCCCUCUGGCGUAAGGAGGGUGGACCUUCGCUUCAACAACCUUGGACUGGGGGGUCUCUCCUUGGUUUUGCCACAUCUCUCCCGAUUCCUGGGUCUCCGAAGCCUCCGACUUCCCUACAGCAAUGUCGACGUGCGGCGGCCGACGCCGGAGUUGGUGCUGGGAAUCCAGUGUCUGGCCAGGGAGCUGGGAAAGCUGCAGAGCCUCAGGGAGCUCAACCUGGGAUCCUCCAGGCUCUCUGGGAAUUUGAGGCACAUUCUCUGCAAACUCGAGGCUCCAUUGGAAAGCUUGGAACUGGCCUUCUGCUCCCUCCUUCCCGCUGACUUCGCCUUCCUCUCCCAAAGCUUCCACGCUCCGGCCCUGAAAAGGCUGGAUCUGAGCGGCCAUGAUUUCUCCCAAACUCUUCUCCAACCCCUUCAGCAUCUCCUGGAGGAAACCUCGGCUUCCCUGCUCCACCUGGACCUCAUGGAAUGCCGGCUGACAGACUCACACCUGGAUGCCCUGCUGGUGUCACUCCGGCACUGCUCCUGCCUCCGCUCCCUCGGACUCUUUGGGAAUUCCUUCUCCACAACAGGGCUCAAGGAUUUAUUAUGGAAAACUGUGGUCCUGCCAGAUCUCCGCCUGGUCGUGUAUCCUAUCCCUGUGGAUUGCUACAAGUCAGGACUGGAUCCUGGCUGGAUUUUGGAGGAGCAGCUGGACAGGGAAUGUUUGGGAGCAGUGAGUGCAGAGCUGGGCCGGAUGCUGGAGAGCUUUGGAAGAGCUGACAUUGUCUGGACUUCCAACCCCUAUGGACACGAAGCCCUGGAUUACUUCUGCUUGUAGCUGGGGAAGAGCUUGGAGCCUUCAGCCUGGAGAAGUGCUGUGGCCUCAGUGCCUCCUUCCUCAAAGAAUUUGUGUGUAUUCCACCUCAUUUCAGUGUUUUUCACCUUAUCGCAGUGUUUUUCAACCUAUUUUGGUGGUUUACCGCCUCAUCUCACUGUUUCUCUACCUCAUUCUGGUGUUUUCUGCCUUAUCCUGGUGUUUUUCCUCUAAACCCAUUGUCUUUCCGCCUCAUCCCAGUGUUUUUCCACCUCGUUUUGGUGGUUUUCUGCUUUAUCCUGCUGCUUUUCCCCCAUCACAGUGGUUUUUUCCGCCUUACCCCAGUGUCUUUCUCCUUCUCCUAGUGUUUUUCCACUUCAUCUUGGUGCUUCUCCACCUCAUUUUGGUGGUUUUCCACCUCGUUGUGGUCUUCUCCCACCUCAUCCUGGUGUUCUUCCAUCUCAUCCAAGUGGGUUUUUGCCACGGCCCGAUGGAGAAAGGAAUAGGGACAUGACACUGCACAGAGGGUUCUGACAAGGUGGAAGGUCAGGGUGCAAUGUCCACUUUAUUGAGGGGGAACAAGGACUUAUAUAGGGUUUGAGUGAGGGGAGGUCUGAUAACCAGGGCAGAGCAUGGGAUGGACAUCUCAGGGUAUUGCAGGAUUGGAGAAUGAGGGAAAGUGGGAGGAACUUAGGAGGAGUUAAGCAGUGGGGACCAAUGGGAGCUCACUCCGCACUGCGGCACUUGUCGGCCAAUCAGUGGGGGAUAAGCGAGAAUGCAGGGGAGAACAAGGUGGUAAACAACUUUUGAUGGGAAAACUUGUGGACAACUACAGACAUGUUUGGGGCAAUACAAUCUAAGGGGAUUAAUAUAGAGGAAUAUAUGUAAGGGUACAUAAAACAUGGGACGAACUGGGAAGUAACACAGAAGUCCGUAAUUUAUCGUCUUCUCUAAGCUCCAUAUAAGUCUCUCCAGGCUUGGAAUCGUUCCCACUCACUCUGAUGUUCCUCCACAGGUUUUGACCUCAUUUUGGUAUUUUUCCUGUUAUCCCAGUGGUUUUUUGCCUCAUCCCGAUGGUUUUCCACCUCAUCCCAGUGUUUUCCAGUAACUUUUGUUACCACCUUGUCACCAGCCGUAGCUGGGACAGACCUGGUGUCACUGGAAACCUCCCGAACUCUGCUAAUUAACAGUGGAUAUUAAUUAAUUACUAAUUAAUAAAUCAGCAUCACUUGGCUGGUGAUGAAAUUCCUGCCA